GGGUUUCUGGUAACACCGAUCAGACCGUAACACCCAAAAUUUAGUGAACGACGCAAGGUCGUCCGCCGUGGAGUGGAGGAUUCACAUUUCGGGCAGAGAUGAUGUCCAUAGCCGCUCGUCCCGGGGCUUUGUCCCCGUACCUGCAGGCCACCAAACUCUCCGUGAAGAGCCUGCUGUCCGGCGGAGCGAAGCAGCUGCUGCCCGCUGCUGCUCCUGGAGCGGUCCGGCUCGCCCACACAGACAUCAAGAUCCCCGACUUCAACGACUACCGCCGCCCUGAGGUCACAGACCCCAACAAGUCGUCCCAGGACAGCAGUGAGUCGAGAAGAACGUUCUCUUACCUUGUCACCGGAGCGUCCACCGUGGUCACCGUCUAUGCAGCCAAGACGGUGGUCACCCAGUUUGUCUCCUCUAUGAGCGCAUCUGCAGAUGUCCUGGCCUUGUCCAAGAUCGAGAUCAAGCUCGGCGACAUCCCCGAGGGCAAAAACAUGACCUUCAAGUGGAGAGGGAAGCCCCUGUUUGUCCGUCACCGCACGGAGAAGGAAAUCGCCACGGAGGAGGCGGUGAACCUCUCGGAGCUGCGCGACCCUCAGCAUGACAAGGAUAGAGUUCUGAACUCCAGCUGGAUCAUCGUGCUGGGCGUGUGCACCCACCUGGGCUGUGUGCCCAUCGCCAACGCCGGAGACUACGGAGGAUACUACUGCCCCUGCCACGGCUCCCACUACGACGCUUCUGGAAGAAUAAGAAAGGGACCAGCUCCGCUCAACCUGGAGGUCCCGUUCUACGAGUUCCCUGAUGAGGAGACCGUCAUCGUGGGAUAAACUCUGCCUCACUUCCUCUCUGUACAAUGUAUUUUUAGAUGGCUCUCUGUUCGAGUUGGGGACGGUGUAUCAUGUAUUUACAAAUAAAAAUAUAUAUCCAACUCUA